GGCCUAGGCGGCGUUCGUCCCGUGCGUCCUGUUCUACAGCUAUGGCCGGGUCAGCGGCAGCUUUCCGCCGCCUGGGCGCUUUGUCCGGAGCUGCGGCCUUAGGCUUGGCCUCCUACGGCGCGCACGGCGCCCAAUUCCCAGAUGCCUACGGAAAGGAGCUCUUUGACAAGGCCAACAAACACCACUUCUUCCACAGCCUGGCCCUGUUAGGGGUGCCCCAUUGCAGAAAGCCCCUCUGGGCUGGGUUACUGCUAGCUUCCGGAACGACCUUAUUCUGCACCAGCUUUUACUACCAGGCUCUGAGUGGAGACCCCAGCAUCCAGCCUUUGGCCCCUGCGGGAGGGACCCUGCUACUCUUGGGCUGGCUUGCCUUGGCUCUUUGAGCUUCCUUUUGCUUAAUUACUGGGUUUUCUGGGCAGUUUUUUAAAAAACAGUUGGAGUAAAAAGAGGAUUAAAAAGGAAAGGCAAAUAAA